AUGACGUUUGACAUGGUCAUCAGUACAACCGGUUGCACACGACACAGUGGGAUCCUUGGCUACCUGAUAGCCUUUUUUCGGCAAAAAACGUGCAUUUCGACAGUUGUGUUGGCUAUCGGGUUAUCAACGGAAUUCGCCUUCCUAUUUGCAACGAUGGCGGCAAUAGGCGAAGAAAUUGGAAAGCCUCAUAGCCAAAGGAUUCUUUCACUGUCAAGUAAUGAAGAAGAAGAGACGAACACCGCCACAGUAGCACAGACAAUAGCUGAUGAAGCAAGUAGUAAUGCACAAGGGCUCAAUAACAACGACAGCAGCCGUCGGCCAUCAUUGACAAUACAACGUCGAACUUCACAUGUCUCUACUCGAAGUCAAAAUUUACCAAGGAGAUCCACAGCAUCAGCAAAUGCAACCCUCAACUGCGAUUCGAGCAUGGACAGACAGGCUUUAUGGUCGUUGUGA